AUGCAUGCAUGGUCAUGCUCCAUGCAUACUCCAUGUAGAUAAGACUGCGAGGACCGUGAGGGUGGUCCAUGUUCUGGGUGUUGUGUGCGUUGUAUGUCGAUACAGUUGAAGCUGUGGCAGUUGUGCGCACGUAGCAUCAUUCAUUUACCGCUAUGGCAGCAGUGAAAAGUGCAGAUGUACGCUUUUACAUGCAGCAAGACGACCAGGCGACUAAAGCUGGAGAAGAUUUCGCUAGGCUCUUCUACGAGACCCUCGAGAAACGGCGGCACCUGCUCGGCAACCUUUUCCUUGACACCGCAAACUUGGUGUGGAAUGGCAACCCGCACAGCACCAAGGCAGCUAUCAGCAAGUUCUACGAAUCGCUUCCGUCGUGCGAGACUGAUCUCAUUUGCGCUGAUGCACAAUCCUUUCGUGGUGAAUUCGUCCAAGGCCAGACAACGAUACAUGUUGUAGCUGCUGGCCAGAUCAAGUUUUCAGGCAAGCGCUGGGUACCUUACACGGAAUCCUUUGUGCUGACGGCUCAAGGCACUGUGUGGAAGAUUGUUGUGGACACGUUUCGUUUUCAAGAACCUGCACCGGUGUGACUGGGCGGAUUGAGUGUGUUGUCCACGGCGCAAAAUGCACAAUCUGUAGCUGCAAUCGCCAUUUACAUUGUGUGUACUUCUGCGUGAUGUAUCAAUCUUUCAUGUCUCAUAUGACCAUACGUUUUUUUUAAAGUAAAAGCAGUUUCUGUCCACAAAGCUGGA